CUAAAUGCUCCUUAUUCUUCCAGUCGCGACAUUGAUUAUUUUUUUAUUCAUUACAUUUUCGUUGCAAUUUGCCUUUCAAGCUCUCGCGCCAAUCCUGUACAUGAUCGCCAAGGAUUGGCUGCGGUCCAAGUCUGAAGAAGAGCGACAUAACAUGAUAAGAUGUGCGCGAAUCCCACGUAUGAUCAUAAUCUGCGGAUUUGUCAUAAUGUUCGCGUCGUUUAUCCUGUUGUUCAUCUUACCGUGUUUCGGGAUCACCAUGAGGUACAUCACGAACGUAACUGAUCCGGGCAAGCCAUUGCCCCUGCAAACAUACUACUUUUACGACACGGACGAGAGUCCAUACUUCGAGCUCACAUUCAUCGCGCAGGGGUUUACCCUCAUGGUAUCCGCCAUGGGCUACACCGCAAUCGACAGCCUCUUUGGAUUGCUCGUUUUCCAUGUCUGUGGGCAACUGGAAAAUGUAAAGGGCCGGUUAACUGGUCCCGAGAAGGACCCAAAUUUCGAACAUGUGCUGAUGAACACUAUAACGGAUCACGUACGCCUUAUCAGAUGCAUUAAAGUCAUUGAGAGCACGUUUACUUUGAUGCUUCUUGGAUUAUUUCUCUAUUUUGGCACGUUAUUCAGCCUUUAUGGAUUUUUAUUAGUUACCAUUGUGACUGAUGGACGUCAUUUGUCUCUUGUAAGAUUAGCGUUCCUUGUAACAGUCGUUGCGAAUAUUUUUGCGCAUAUGUGUUUAUAUUGCGCAGUUGGAGAAUUUUUGAUAGCACAAUGUGAAGGUGUUUAUCAAGCUGCGUGUGAGUAUCAUUGGUACGAUUUGGAACCAAAGCAAGCCAGAAAUUUAAUUUUAUUAAUGAUGCGCGCAAACAAACCACUUUAUGUAACUGUUGGAAAAAUCUUUCCCUUGACGAUGAAUGCCUUUUGCAGUUUGCUAAAAACGUCGGGUGGUUACAUUUCAGUUCUGCUUGCACGACGUGAUUAACGAAUGUUAAGAACUGUAUUAAUGAUAAUUAUAAUCAUAAUAACAUACAUCGCGUAAACAUAAGAUGUAACCAGUAACAUAUUUUGCUCAGCUCCAACAACAUAGUUGAACUUAGUCAUGAACGUAGUUAAUGUAUUACUAUCGUCUUCAUUCUUGCCAAUAAAUUGUAUACUCUUUA